ACUAUGGAUUCUGACAUGCAUGUGUUUGUAAAGUUUAACAGUUCAACAGUUCCUAUUACAGUCAACAGCUCCAGCACUGUUCAUGAUAUUAGAACAGAGAUAUCGAAGACAAAUAAUAUAAGAGCUGGUGAAGUCAGGAUUAUUUUUGCUGGGAAAGAGUUACAUGAUCACCAAAAGUUGAAGGACAUGGAUAUCCAGAGUCAAACAGUUGUUCAUGCCUUCAAGGGAAGACACUUGGAACCAAGAACACCUCUCCACCUUCAAAAGGUGAGUUCACUAGGAUCAGACCCAUCUGGUAAAUCAAGUGUUCCGACAUACUUCGUCCUAUGUAGAAGAGUUUGUGGAGCAGUGAAACCUGGGAAACUCAGAAUCAGAUGUGUUGGAUGUCGUGAGGACAAGAUAGUCCUGACGACAGAACCUCAGCAGUGGUCAGAUAUCCUGGAAAAAGGGAGGAUUCAGGGGGUUUGUCACACGCGGGGUUGCAGUGGUGCUCAGCCGGAGUUUUACUUCAAGUGUCGGGGACAUGAGGGACAGGAUCAUGAUCACGUGGUACCGCUGCCACAUGUCAGAAACAACUUCCUGAAAGUGUCCUGCAUGACCUGUUUGGAUGAAGACAGUAACCCUGUAAUAGUGUUCCCGUGCCCCUCAAACCAUGCAAUGUGUAUCUCUUGUUUUGAGUCUUACUGUUUACACCAGCUUAACUCAAGACAGUUUGUGGAGCACGAGACAGCGGGCUACACUCUCUCUUGUCCAGGUUUUGACUCUGAAUGUAGAUCAGCCUAUGUGUUGGAUGUACAUCACUUUGGUAUUAUGGGACCUGAGAAUUAUGAGCGUUACAAACAGUUUGGAGCUGAAGAGUGUCUUUUGAAGAUGGGAGGUGUGCUGUGUCCUGGUACUAACUGUGGUAUGGGAAUAUUCCUGGAGGAUGAGACCGAACAGACCCAUCAUGUUGAGUGUUCUGAAUGUAAGUUACAUUUCUGUGUGCUGUGUAAAGAGAAAUACCACGGAGAAGAGCUGUGUACAAACAGUCUGGGAGACAUGGCCGCAUCAAACAGCAACGUACUGAGCCACUACGCAGUCAACAUGUCCCUCUCUAAGUACGACACUGAGUCUGCCAGCACUAUACGGAACACUACUAAACCUUGUCCUCAGUGCGGAACGCCGAUAGAGAAAAGUGGAGGGUGUAUGCACAUGGAGUGCCCGGUGGCACGUUGUAAGUUCUCUUGGUGCUGGAUCUGUGUAACUGAGUGGACACCAGACUGUCAGGAUAACCACUGGUUCGGCUGAUAACAACCACUGGUUCGGCUGAGAAUCUGCUUUUGCGAUAAUAAUGAUAUAAAUAUUAUCAUUUACGGAUAAGCAUUAUUGAUUGAUAAUUUCGUUUUUAAAAUACUAUACUUUGCUCUGAUAAAGCAAGUAUUUUUGUUAAGUUAAUUUGAACGAAUCGAGGGGUUUGUAUAAAGAUAAUUGCCAGGGUGUGAAUAGAAUGUUAAAUUUUUAUCAUUUUACCUAGUGUGUAUAGGUAGAAUAAACCAUAUUUUCUUACUCGCAAUGAGGCUAUUUAUUGCUCGAAUUUUGUCUGAAAAUUUUAUAAAUUGUUUUUUUGAAAAGGUUGAAAAACCGGAAGUUUGAUUUCACGUAAGUGUAC